AUGGUCAAACAAUCCUCCGCCGCAGGCGUCCUUGCCCUUCUGCAGGAUCCAAAUCCAACGUUCAAGGAACUAGCGCUUGAUAGAUUACGCCCACUUGUGCCACAGUUCUGGGCAGAGAUCUCUGAACAUAUCGCCUUAAUUGAGGCUCUAUAUGAGAGUAAUGAACUUUCUAAACCAGCUAGAGAUGCCGCUGCACUUGUUGCCAGCAAAGUUUACUACUUCCUAGGGGAAUACGACGAGGCACUCUCUUUCGCACUUGGGUCAGGAAACGCGUUCCAGAACGAGACUCGCUCCCAUGGAUCAGAAGAAUAUAUCGAGACGAUAGUGUCCAAAGCUAUCGACCGCUACAUCCAGGCACGCUCUGCCGAGCAAUCAGGCAGUAAAGAGAAGAUCGACCCACUUCUGCAAGCUACUGUUGAAGGUAUCUUUAACCGAUGCAUCGGAGAGGGCGAGUUUAAGCAGGCUAUCGGUAUCGCGUUAGAAUCCCACCGCCUAGAUGUUAUUUCAUAUAUCUAUUCCAAGACACAAGACGUAUCUCUUCUAUCGUACGCUAUGGAUGGUGUUCUCGACACCGGAUUCUCACUUUCAUACCGAGAUCAAGUCCUCCGUUUUCUCUUUCCUCUAUUUCCUCGACCAACUGCAGGCGAUGCAUCUCCGCAUGUCCACGCCCUCACCCGCUUACUUGUUACUCUCAGUGAUCCAAGCCUUACCAUACCCUUUAUCUCAUCUCUUGUUUCCACUGAACAACUAUUGGCGUAUCAAUUCGCUUUUGACUUGGUGGAAGGAGGAUCACAAGACUUUCUCGAAACCUUGAGGAAUGACUUGCCAGAAGGUGAUACGAAAACCAAACCUGUAUACGAUAAGCUUCGCACGAUUUUGACCGGCAAAGAAUCUGUCAAAUUGUAUCGUGAAUUCCUCAAGCGCAACAACCAAACCGAUCUUUUAAUCUUGAAGAACACCAAGGAUGCACUAGAGCCCAGAUCCUCGAUAUACCACACUGCCCUCACCCUUCAAAAUGCAUUUAUGCACGCCGGGACAACUUCCGACAUUUUCCUUAGAGAGAACUUGGAGUGGCUCGGCCUGGCUUCAAACUGGUCGAAGUUCUCUGCAACAGCUGGCCUGGGUGUCAUCCACAAAGGUUACUUCGAACAGGGCCAAACAAUUCUAGGUCCAUACCUUCCCCAACCAGGAGGCGAGAGCAAUGUUGCGGGAGCUGCCUAUUCAGAAGGUGGUGCUCUCUAUGCUCUGGGCUUGAUCAACGCUGGUUGUGGAAAUUCUGUGACAGCUUACCUUAGAGAUGCUUUGAAAGCUGCUCAAGGGGAAGUGGUGCAGCACGGUGCUGCUCUAGGACUUGGCGUAGCUGCUAUGGGCUCUAAAAGUAUGGAGGCAUUUGAAGAUUUGAAAACUGUUCUCUUCACCGAUUCAGCCGUUGCUGGUGAAGCGUCAGGUUUUGCGAUGGGCUUGGUAAUGCUCGGCACAGCGUCUGCAACACCCGUUGACGAGAUGCUGACGUAUGCCAGGGAGACUGCACAUGAAAAGAUUAUACGCGGUCUUGCCGUGGGCAUUGCCUUUAUCUUUUACGGACGACAGGAAGAGGCAGACGACAUUAUCAAGGUCCUGCUUGCUGAGAAGGAUCCCAUUUUGCGAUACGGUGGAGUCUACACUUUAGCCCUUGCCUAUGCAGGCACUGCAAACAAUGACGCUGUUCGCAAGCUUUUGCAUAUUGCAGUGUCCGAUACUUCUGACGAUGUUCGACGAGCUGCUGUGACUUCAUUGGCAUUUCUUCUGUUCAAAAAUCCAGCUCAGGUACCACGCGUUGUGCAAUUGCUAAGCGAGAGUUAUAAUCCCCAUGUACGAUGUGGUGCUACCCUUGCCCUUGGAAUUGCAUGUGCCGGGACUGGCCUGCCGGAUGCAGUUGAGAUUUUGGAACCCAUGACCAAAGAUAGUGUCGACUUUGUUCGUCAAGGAGCUUUCAUCGCCCUUGGUAUGAUCCUCGUCGAGCAAUCCGAGGCAUCCUCGGCUUCGUUCGCACCCACGCGUGCGAAAUACAACAAAGUAACCUCUGAUAAACAUGAGGACCCAAUGGCGCGCUUUGGUGCAGCUAUUGGACAAGGUCUUAUUGAUGCUGGAGGAAGGAAUGUGACCAUCAGUUUACAGAGCCGUGCUGGAAGCACCAAUACCAGCGCGAUUGUUGGUAUGGUCUUAUUCUGCCAGUUCUGGUACUGGUAUCCUUUGGCACAUUGUGCUUGCUUGGCAUUCUCCCCUACCGGUAUCAUUGGUUUAAAUGGUGACUUGAAGGCGCCCAAAUUCGAGUACAUCUCCAACGCCAGGCCUAGUCUUUUCGCCUAUCCUUCUUCAACCAAACCUCCUAAGAAGGAAACAGUUGCAAAAGUUGCCACAGCUGUGCUUUCGACUACUGCCAAGGUUAAAGCAAGAGAAAAGAAGAAAGCUGCUACUCCAGGAGAUACGAUGGAUUUGGAUAAACAGGAAGGAGAUGCAGACGUUGAAAUGAAACCCGACGAUGUGUCACCCAAAGAUGGGGACGUGUCACCAAUCAUUCAGUCAGUUUCCAACCUUGCAGAUGACAAUAAGGCGACAGCUUCUAGUUCACGGCAGAAGAAGGCAGAGCCUUCUUCUGAAUUGCGUCCCAACUUUUCUCGAGUGACGCCUAGCCAACUAGCCUAUAUCACAUUCCCAACCGAUGGCAGAUACCAACCCGUAAGAGCUGUUUCAUCAAAAACGACACUAUCAAAAUCUGGAAAAGCAGUCGCUGCUCAAAGCGUAUCUUCUGCUUUAGGUUUGGGCUCAGAAAGAUACGCUGGCGGUGGUGGCAUUCUUAUUCUUUCCGACCUUCGACCGAAUGAGGAGGCUGAAUUUAUUGAAAUUGAAACAGCGCCUGCGGUGCCAGCUGCCCCUGAGGCUGCUCCUCCAAGUAAUACCAACGCUCCGGCGCCUCAGCCUACGGGUCGUCACAUCGCCUUGGAUGAGAGUGCGCCUGAUGCAGAACCUCCAGAAGCGUUUGAGUAUCCUUUUGACAAUGACACAUAG